AUGAUGUCUGCACCUGCUCCCUAUCCGGCCGUGGCUUCUCACGCGCCGGCACCCGACGACCACGAGAUCUCCAAGAAGACGCCAUCGAUAUGCGUCGACUAUCUCAGCCACAACUGGACGGACGAAGAUGUGUGGAGCAGCUGGAAGGCGAUGACAAAGGUAAGUCUGACUUGCGCAUGGAACAGCAGUCGAGACCGAAGUCAAUGUCCAUGUGCCCUUGUGGGCAUUGCUCCCUCCGCGUGCUCCCUGCUGAUCAUUAGGCCGCCUUUCUGACCAUAGCGCAAGAAUGAGAUAGCGAAUGGUGUCAGGUUAGAAAAUGCGAGUUGGAGAACGUGGGCAAAGCAGCGUGGCAAGUUAAAGACAAUCAGUCCCGAGACUUUGAAUUGGUGAGCGCCAAGGCUUCGUGAUGGGACGAGAUUGAGGGUGGCAAAUGUGCUCAUCUGUGCUAAUCACUGAACGUCAACCCAUCGGUCCCGGCCAGGUUGAAGGACAGUGAUGUGACUUGGCUGUAUGGGCCUUUGCAUGAGCAUGCAGACCCUGUACCUCCUCCUCGAGUGGCCACAGCCGGCGAGCGCCUCGGUCUCGAUGACGACCCACGCCGAAGGAAGUCGAUUCUGAAGCAUCGCACUAUCUCCGAGAUGCUCACCACACCCGGUAGAAGCGCAAACGAAAACGCGCUGCCUCUGAGUGCUGAAGUAUCACACGAGACAUCAGAGGACGAGACCGAGACAGAGUCCAGCACCCCAAGGCGCAAAGGCAUCAGUUCUCUUGACGCGUCUCCCAGGCCAAAACCCGAGCCACUCCCAGGACAGGCGGCAACUUUAGAUUCAGGCUUGCCGACAAUCAGGAAGAAUUUGGGUGGCAGUCCACCGCCUAGCGUGAGGCUCACCAAUCAACCUGCGCUGGACCGGGCGGAUAGCGCAGCUAGCAGCAUUGCGCCUGAAGAGAAGCGCCACAUCAGCUUUAAUCAGCGGGUGGAGCAGUGCAUCUCAGUAGACGUCGAGGAGAUUGAGUACGACGAUGAAGAGGAGGAAGAGGAUGAGGAGGAGGACGAUGAAGAUGACACCUAUAACGCUUCCAAAGCGGCCUUGCAAGCCCAAUCCACGCAAAGCUCCCGACCCGAUGGGCGCGAGGGCGAUACUGAAGAAGGAUCCGAGGACGAUGUGCUCACAAUGCGCUCCAGUCCGAGACAUUCCCCUUCGUGGCCCCUGACUUCGACAUCUGGAGCCUCAAGCCGCGUGUCUAGCCCAGGCGCGGAGCAUCACACGAUAGCAAAGCUAGCGCCCACCAUGCUGAAGACCAGCGAUACUUUUCCAUUGCCUUCUGCUCCCGUUGUCGACCCAAGCGGCUUCGGUGACAGCUUCAAGGCCUCCAGCAGCUCACGUGUAUCAGCGACUGGUGGCAACAGCUACUCUGGCUACGGUGAUGACGAAGAUGCUGGGACGAGGUAUAGCCAGUGGGAUGCAGACGACGAUUUUGGGGAGUACGACUACUUUGACGGGCCAGAUGUGAAUGAAGGCUAUACUGGAGCUGCUGGCGGAUCAAAUUCGGACGCGUCGCCAUCUCCUCCAACCUCGCACGAAGACCCGGAAGCCACUGUCAGGCGCAUGGCUGCUGCCAUAGCUGCCAAGAAUGGUGGCCAGACGGUGAAACAUGCUUCGCCACCCGAAGAGAUGCCCCCUGGUACAUCUGCACCUGCAUCUGCUCCUCCGGCAAGGCGAAGCAUUCUGAAAAAGGGCGGGCCGGGUGGACAGGCUGUGUCCGACGAGCAUCAGCGCGAAGAAGUCUCUGCGGAAGCCUCCGCGGAAGCAAACGACGGAGACUACUUUGGCACUUCCCCCGUCAAGCUGCCGGCAGACGAGGCCAUCGAUGAUUUGUCCGACCCAAAAAACGCCGCGCCAGCCAGUCGCGGGCGCUCAUCGCAGCGAUUGGGCACUUCGGCUAGCUACGAGCGCAUACAAGAUGCGGCACGCGGUGGAUCGAGCUCUCGAACGAGAACCAACUCCAACAACUCUUCGUCGAGCAACGCUUCCACCAGUCCUGAUGAUCGAUUUGCUAAUUCGCACAGGUCGGGCGAGAGGCGAGAUUCGUUUCGCGGGCGAGCUGGAGAUGGCUCGAGAGCUAUGGACAAGUCAGGCUCGUACGCAGCGGCGGCGGCUAGGAUAGCUGGUCACGAUGGCGAGGACUCGGAUGGACGCGCAUCGCUGGAUUUUGCCAGUCCAGGGUUUCCCGCUAGUCCACAGCUCGGCGAUGGCGAGAAUGAGAGAGCAGAAGAGGGCAAAAUGUAUGGCAGGACUGCUGGUGGUGAUUCAAGCGUGUGGUCAGAUGGCAAGCCCACAGGUUCUCGAUCAAGCCCCUCCAAGUCCAAGUCGGCUGCACAUCGAAGGAAUCCCUCGGAUGAUGGGGACAAUCCAAGGGGGCCGGACGGAGAGCGCCUGAGUCUGGAUGUUGAGCACUUGCCUAGCAACGAUCCCAACCUUUCACCACCCUCUGCGCUAGGCGGCCCAACCCCACUCAAUACGCCCACUCUUGCUCUUGCGAGAAGUCGCGGCGGGGCACCGGCCUCACGCAAAGCGGGUUCGAGCGAGACGCAGCCUUCGAGCCCGACAGUGCCUCGACGGAGUAGCGCUACCGGCGCCAUAGUCGCGCCUAGCGACGCCGAUAGACAAGCUGGCGUCAGGGUGCCGCUCUCCUCGGAUUAUGUGGAGGAAGAUGAAGGUGGGAUUGUUGGGCGUGCUGUAGAGAUGGUAAACACUGCAAGAGAUCUCAUUGGAGCCUUGUGGGGCGGCGAUAGAGGAGCCUCUUGGCGCCAGUCCUAG